ACUUAGAGUGCUAUGUGACCUGGGCUAAGCGGAAGUCGGGCCUCUUUUUCGUGACGCCUCCUAGGCGGUCGGCUGUUUCAAGAUGAAGCUGAAUAUCUCCUUCCCUGCCACUGGCUGUCAGAAACUCAUAGAAGUGGAUGACGAACGCAAGCUUCGUACGUUCUAUGAGAAGCGCAUGGCCACAGAAGUAGCUGCUGAUGCUCUUGGUGAAGAGUGGAAGGGUUAUGUGGUCCGGAUCAGCGGUGGGAAUGACAAACAAGGUUUUCCCAUGAAGCAAGGCGUUUUGACCCAUGGCAGAGUGCGCCUGCUUUUGAGUAAGGGGCAUUCUUGUUAUAGACCAAGGAGAACUGGAGAGAGGAAGCGCAAGUCUGUCCGCGGAUGCAUUGUGGAUGCCAACCUGAGUGUUCUCAACUUGGUUAUUGUAAAAAAAGGAGAGAAGGAUAUUCCGGGACUGACAGAUACUACUGUGCCUCGUCGGUUGGGACCUAAAAGAGCUAGUAGAAUUCGAAAGCUUUUUAAUCUCUCCAAAGAAGAUGAUGUCCGCCAGUAUGUUGUCAGAAAGCCCUUAAACAAAGAAGGUAAGAAGCCCAGGACCAAAGCGCCCAAGAUUCAGCGUCUUGUUACUCCCCGUGUCCUGCAACACAAACGCCGACGUAUUGCUCUGAAGAAGCAACGCACUAAGAAAAACAAGGAGGAGGCUGCAGAAUACGCUAAACUUUUGGCCAAGAGAAUGAAGGAAGCCAAAGAAAAGCGCCAGGAACAGAUUGCCAAGAGACGUAGGCUGUCUUCGCUGAGAGCUUCUACUUCUAAAUCUGAGUCCAGUCAAAAAUAAGUCUUUAAAGAGUAACAAAUAAAUAAUGAGACCUUGAA